GCCAUGUUGUUGUGUCCCAAAGUCCAUGUUCACCCCCGCUGGGCGCCGCCAUCAUGUUGCCCUCCCGGAGGGGGGGGUUUCCUUUUACAGACCUCCCCCCCCGGCGGCGCGCACGAGGCCUCCUCACUGGAAACCGCGUCCUCCCGCGGCUUGUGCAGUUGGUGGAUCCCCGCUGCCGCUUUCUGGGGGUCUCCGUCUCUCUAUUGGGGGACAAAACCUGGCGGGAAUCUUCGCGGUCCCCCCCCGCGAGCAAUGGUUCGUCUCACACCGCCCUCAGCCAAUCAGCAUCGCGCUUCGCCCGGAAUUCGCCCCUGUCCCGGAAGCGUUGCCGUGGUAACGGCCGGAAGUCCCGGCUCCUCCCGGAAGUGGCGGCUCGGCCAUGGGCGCCUCAAAGAAGCACCGGGAGCGCGGCGGGGCCGAGGCGGCCGAGGAGGCCCCGGGGGCGGCGGCCGCGGGUGGCGGGAGCGGCGCGGGGCGGCCCCGCGAGCACCGCAAGCACCGGCACCGCGGCGGGGAGCGGCGCGGGAAGCGCAGCCGCUCGCGGGGGGAGCGCGGCGGCUCCGGGGGUGGCUCCGGGUCUUCCCGCCGCGGCGCCGAGGAAGCGGCGAGGGGAGGCCAUGGACGGGGGGGAACAGAGCCCGAGAGGAGGGCGAAGAGGGAGAGGAAGGAGGAGCGGGAGGAGCCCGCCCCCCCCAAACCCACGGCAGCCGAAUCCUCCCUGAGCGUGGAAGAAACCAACAAACUCCGGGCCAAACUGGGACUGAAACCCUUGGAGACGACGACGGUCAAGAAAGAGGCCGGCACCAAGGAGGAUCCCGUGGCCGCCGACGUCAUCAACCCCCUGGCGCUGAAGCAGUGGGAAGAGAUCCGGGAAAAACUGGCGGCAGCCAAGGAAAAACGGCUCCUCAACCAGAAACUGGGGAAGGUGAAGACAUUGGGGGAGGAGGAGCCCUGGCUGGACGACGCGGCCGCCUGGAUCGAGCGGAGCCGGGCGCUCCAGAGGGAGAAGGAGCUGGCGGAGAAAAGGGCGAAGCUGCUGGAGGAGAUGGACCAGGAGUUCGGGGUGAGCCCGCUGGUGGAGGAGGAAUUCCAGCGGCGCCGGAGGGAGCGAUACAGCGCCCGGGACCUGCAGGGGCUGACGGUGGAGCACGACCCGGCCGCGAUUCCGGAGGGACAGACCCUGGUGCUGACACUCAAGGACAGGGGGGUGCUGGAGGAGGGCGAGGACGUGCUGGAGCAGCCGACGCUGGCGGCGCAGGAGCGGGCGCGGGAGGAGCUGGAGCUGCGGCGCAAGAAGCCGCCCUACGUCCCCUACGAGGAGGAGGAGCCCGGCCCCGCCCCGCAGGGCCCGAAGGCGCCGGCGCUGCUGGCCAAGUACGACGAGCCGGCGCCGCGUCCGUCCUUCCGCCUCGGCCCGGGGGGGACCCAGGACGGGGGAGACCCCCCCAAACUGCCCCUCCCCCCCGGCCCCGCCCCCCAGAGCCUGGAGCUGCCCCUCCCCCGCCUGGCGCCCGAGUACCUCACGGAGCAGGAGAUGGCCGUGACGUUCCGGAGGACGCGGCGCCGGGUGAAGCGGCUGCGCAAGAAGGAGAAACCCCUUCGGGCCGACGACCUGCUGGCCCUGGCCCCGGGGGACACCCGGGGGGACUUCGGCUCCAGGUCCCGUGGGCGUGGCCGGCGGGUGCAGGAGGAGGAGGAGGGGGCGGGAGGGGGGGACCCCGAAAACCCCCCGAGCCCCUCCUGGGACCCCCCCCCUGGAGGGAACCCCCCCGAGCCCCCCCUGCCCUCAGAUGACACCCGGACAGAGAACAUGGACAUCAGCAGUGACGAGGAGCUGGGGGUGCCGGGGUCCCCCCCAGCGCUGGAGGAGGACGAGGCCGAGCAGGAGCUGCAGCAGCAGCUGGAGAGGGGGCGGCGCCUGCGGCAGCUCCGGGAGCUGCGGGAGGGGGGGGGCGAGAAGGUGCUGGAGCUGCUCCGGGGGUCCGGGGGGGCCACGGGGCCGGACCCUCGGGGCGGGGGGAGCAUCGUGUUCAACGCCACGUCGGAAUUCUGCCGGACACUCGGGGAGAUCCCGACCUACGGGCUGGCCGGGAACAGGGAGGAGCAGGAGGAGCUCAUGGCUCUGGAACGUUCCGGGCGUCCGUCGUCGCCCCCCGAACCCCCCGACUCGGAGGGGGAGGAGAACGUGGGGUGGAGCAGCGUGAACCUGGCAGAGGAGAGGCAGCAGCAGGAUUUCUCAGCAGCCUCCACGACGAUCCUGGACGAGGAGCCCAUCGUGAACCGGGGCCUGGCCGCGGCCCUGCUGCUCUGCCAGAACAAGGGGCUGCUGGAGACGACGGUGCAGAAAGUGGCUCGAGUGAAAGCCCCCAACAAGUCCCUGCCCUCGGCCGUGUACUGCAUCGAGGACAAGAUGGCGAUCGAUGACAAGUACAGCCGGCGGGAGGAGUUCCGUGGUUUCACGCAGGAUUUCAAGGAGAAGGAGGGCUACAGGCCCGAUGUGAAGAUCGAGUACGUGGACGAGACCGGCCGCAAGCUCACCCCCAAAGAGGCGUUCCGGCAGCUCUCCCACCGGUUCCACGGGAAGGGCUCCGGGAAGAUGAAGACGGAGCGGAGGAUGAAGAAGUUGGACGAGGAGGCGCUGCUGAAGAAGAUGAGCUCCAGUGACACCCCCCUGGGCACGGUGGCCCUGCUGCAGGAGAAGCAGCGGGCACAGAAAACCCCCUACAUCGUCCUCAGCGGCAGCGGCAAGAGCAUGAACGCGAACACCAUCACCAAGUGAGGACACCCCUGGGGACACCCCUGGGACAUCCCCUGGGAAAGGACCCCUGGGGACACCCCUUGGGGACACCCCUGGGACAUCCCCUGGACAGGACCCCCCUGGAGACAC